AGCAAAUCUGCGCUUAAAUGCCGGAUUGCUGCGAAAGCACUGUUCCAUCCGAGACAAGUUUAAUAAAUAUUGCUCAGAGGAGAUUUCAGCGUAGACCAGCCGAAAGCAUCUUCUCAAGUUCUCAGUUGUCUUUGCGAUGUGAAACGACACUUGUCGUAAUCUCAGUUAUAAGAAAGCGCAAAGGUGAUUUUCGCUAUAUAACUCGCUGAAUAUUCGGCCGCCGGGUAACAAUAAAAAUAUUCAAGCGCAAAAGAUUUCUACGGAUUUGAUUAUUAAUUGUGAAUUAAUUAAUUAAUUAAUGCAAAUUAUAAACUCGUUGUGAACAUUUGACGUCGAAACAAUAAUUUCAACUGAGUUACACGUUUUUAAUUGCAACAAAAAUAGAAACACAAAAAUACAAAGAAAUUCAGAGUGAUAUUCGCAGUGAAAUAAAAAUUGAAAUUAAUAAAGUCAUUUCUAUUUUGAGUACAUUGACUUUUUUUGUGUGAAAUUUGAAUUGAUUAAAACUGUAGGUUGCACAAAGUAUCAAAAAAAAAAUAAACAAUAAUAAAAUAUAACGAAAAUCCAUAAAAAAGUGUGCGCUUAAAUACAAAAACUAUAGUUAAAUGCAAGUACAUACAAUACAUAUGUAUGUAUGUAUAAUUUAAUAACGCAAAUAAAAUAAAAAAGAACAAAAUAACAACAAAGCCAGUAGUUAUUUUUAUAUACUAGCAGGGACAAGCACCAUUGUACACUAUGUUAAAACCGGUGUUAAUUAGCGUCUUCUGCUUUUGUGCUUUUUUGUGCGGUUCAGCCUCUGCACAGUACCACCAUCCUAAUGGAACGAUGGGGAAACUCACUUUCGGCCACUGCAUCACGCCAAACGGUCGGCCCGGUUCCUGUGUAAUAUUGCAGCAUUGCAAAAAACUAUACACUUUGCUGAUAAAUCAACCGUUGCAUGAUGUGAAUAGACUUUACUUGAGUCAGAGCCAAUGUGGAUAUCUUAAUGGCAAAGUGCUGAUUUGCUGUCCAGAUCAAAACACUACACCGCUUAUACUGACACAAGUCGCUGUGAAGCCCAUCAAAUCGGGUCCAGGCUUCAAGAAAGCCGUACUUUUAGAUAAGAUGCCGAUGGAAUCCACAAAAUCGAGAAAGCUACCACGUCCCAGCAAAUGCGGACAAAUGACGUCAAGUCGAAUUUAUGGUGGCAACACCACAAAGAUCGAUGAAUAUCCUUGGAUGGCCUUAAUAGAAUACACAAAACCAUUUGGUCGUAUUGGCCAUCACUGUGGUGGCUCGCUCAUCAGUUCGCGUUACAUUGUCACCGCAUCACAUUGUGUCAACGGCAAGGCUUUACCCAAUGACUGGCUGAUCUCCGCAGUACGUUUGGGUGAAUGGGACACGACAACAAAUCCGGAUUGCGAAGUGGAUGUACGCGGUGAGAAGGACUGUGCGCCAAUGCACAUUGACGUGCCCGUGGAAAACGCCAUACCCCAUCCACGAUAUGAUCCGAAUUCGAUGAAUCAAGUGAACGACAUCGCACUCUUGCGUUUAAAGAACGCUGUCACAUUCACCGAUUUCAUACGACCCAUAUGCUUGCCGUUGAAUAAUAACUUACGUACCGCCACCUUUGAUGACAUCAUCAUGGACGUGGCCGGUUGGGGUAAAACCGAAUCGAAAUCUAGCAGUAAUGUUAAAUUGAAAGCCGAACUAGUUGGCGUGCCAUUGGAGAAUUGUCGUCAUGUUUAUCGUCCGCAAAGUAUUUUACUCGAGGCCACACAAAUGUGUGCUGGUGGCAAGAAAGGUGUCGAUUCGUGUCGCGGUGAUUCCGGUGGUCCACUCAUCGGACUGGGCACGACGGGCCGUGGACGUACAUAUUAUUUUUUGAUUGGCAUCGUUUCGUUUGGACCAGCAUCAUGCGGUUUAGAAGGUUGGCCAGGUGUUUAUACACGAGUUGGACACUUUGUUGACUGGAUACAAGCAACUAUUGAGUCUUAAGUUUGCACCAAAGAAGUGCAGACACCAUUUACAUUUACAUUAAUUAAUAAGUAUGAAGUGUGUCACUGAAGUGUAAUCCGCUUAUACACACAUAUAUAUGUACAUAUAGCAUUAUAUAGAGCAGUAAGCAGAUGCGCAUUAUGGCUCCUGGCCUGGCUAGCUUAUAGUUGGCGAGUUCUUUUCAGUUUAGGAAAACUACCUGGGCUUUAUUACAUUUCUUUUAACAAUUAGACUAAUGGUUUGUACGUAUUUUAGAGUUUAGCCUGAAAAGGUGAGAAAGUAAUGUCAAAUUGUACAGCUGUAGGUAUACAUAGAAGUACGUUAUUCACUAUGCAAAUGACAAUAAGGUUGUGCGAAAUCAGUAAUUAGUUGACUUCUAGGAAUAUGAGGUAUGCAUUUAGAAACUUAUGAGUUCUUAUUUAGAUUAAGCUGCAAAUAAAUGUAUUUUGUGUUGCCAGUUUACUCACACCACUAAAAUUGCUUAGUAAAUAUGAAAUCCCAAAUAUCUCUAGGGCAUUCAUUGACUUCUUAAUUUUUUUUAAAUUUAAACAUAAUCUCCACUUUGUAAUCAAACUAAUCAAAAAUUGUACUUCUCCUAAUAAAUAUAUUCAUGUAUUUAAUUACAUUACA